AUGACGCCUCUAGCGGCGCUCCUGGGAUCGCCGCAAACCUCGGGAAUCGCGCUCUCGGGUCCCGACGCGUCGCCCCCCCCCAUGCUGCUCCCCUCCCCGCCCGUUUCCCCCGUCGGGAACAGCUGCGCGGGGGAGGGGGAAGCCUCCGCGUUUCUCCCCCCCGACUCCGCCACCUCCGCGGGGGCGGGAAGACGGCUUCCCCGCCGCGCGGGGUCGUGGCGGGUUUCGGAGAGCGCGGGACGGGCGGAAGGGGCUGGCGGAAGCGGAAUGGACUCCCCGCAGGAGGUGGCGGAAGGGGAAGUGGGGGAAGCGGGAGGGGCGGGGGAGGGGGGGUGUUUCUACGAGUCGGUGCGCGUGCCUCGUGACGUGGUGCGCGUGUGGCAGGACUGCUGGCGUGGCGCGUGGCAGGCUGACGUGGAGAUCCGAUCCGCCGUGGAUGGCGGACUGGUGCUGGCGCAGGGCGCUGUGCUGGCGGCCCACUCGCAGGGCCUGGAGCGCAUGCUGGCAGGGACCAUGCUGCAGCAGGCGCGCCCCCCGUGGGUGAUCGUGCUGAGGGGGGUCCCAGUGGAGGCCAUAAGGGGCGUCGUGCAGGCUCUAUACUGCGGCACCAUGGACGAUGGGUUGAUGGAUCGGCACAUUUUCCACCUCCUCCUCCUCGCGCACUCCCUCCCCAUUCCCCUGCUCAAGUCCCUCUGCCUAGAGGCCCUGCGCUCGCGCCUCCUCUCCCCCGCCAACGCCGUCGACUCGCUUGUCCUCGCGCGAUUGGUCGGCUCGCGCGCGCUGCAGGCGCUGACUCAGCAGUACAUCGUGCGGCACCACGCUGAUGUGGCGCUGACGGACGCGUGGGCCAUGCUGAGUCAGGAGUACCCGGACGUGAAGGGGAUGCUUGUUCAAAUGGUGGAAGCGAGGAAGAAACGUGACACUGGCUUGCACGGGGAGGAGGGGUGGGCUCUGCAGCAGGUGCAGCAGGCAUGCCGCCCGGUAGAGGGGUUGAUUCGGCACUUUGCUAAGUGCGGUGUGAAGGUGUCGGGAGGGUGUGGGAGCUGCAAGGUGGUGUGGCAGCUGUUGGAGCAGCACUCAAGCGCGUGUGAGAAGCACAAGGGAUGCCGCGUCCCUCUGUGCAGGCAAUUCAAGAGCAAGCAGCAGCAGGAGCAGGGCAGUGGGGGGCCUUCUGCAGGCAAGGAGAAGCUGAGUGCAGCAGAGCACGCAGAGCAAGUCACAGCACUGGCCAAGGCUCUCUUGGCUUUAGAAAAUGCCAAGUCAUUCUAA